UUUUGCUGAUGAUAGUUAUAAAUAAUAAAAAUGAAGCUAGUUUUAUUAGCAAUCUUGUUGGCUUUCUCAUUAGCUAACCAAAUGACCCGUGAAGACGGUAAAUUCCACUUUGAGACUGACUCUAACCCAGAGUCCCCAAUUGGUUUCACCGUCAAGGGAAGUUUGAACCCAGAUGAUGAAUCUGAAUCUAACGUUGGGACUUUCUUCAGACUUGCUGAACAACUGAUUCCUCUUGCUCAAUCUUCCUUGAGUGACGAAAAUAAGUCAAACAGCUUGCAAUUCUACAGAAGAUGGUGCUUCAUUGGAGGUGGACUUGGUGAUGCCAUCACUGUUUGUGCAUAUGCUAACGCUGAAUUGUGGAUCGGAUGGGAAGUCGAUCAUGAUGGAGGUCUCGGACUCUACAACGUAACUUACACACCAUUCUCUUACUUGAGAGGAGGAGUCAAUGUUUCAGCCGCUUCUUACCCAGCUGAAGUAUCUUACGGAGGAUAUCUUUCUGCUUAUGAUAUCAGAGUUCCAAUCAAUCUUCUUCUUUCAGAUACCCAGAUCUGUUGGAGUGGAGAUUUCCAUCUCUUCGCUACCUCAGCUUUCACUGCUAUCAACACCAACCUCUUGCAAUGCCAGAGAUCCAUCCCAGACUGGACUCCAUGGGACUGUGAUAGAGUUCACGGAGUAGAAUUCCAACAUCUCUACUUCCCAAUUUUGGACAGUAUCUUCAUCGAUCUGUUGCCAUUUGAUUGUUUGACCUUUUAACUUUGUUACACGCUAA